AUGUCGGAUUUGGAGCAGAAUUACGUUACUUGGAGAAACAAGUAUUUGAGAAGUUAUGAAGAUGGUUUGUAUGUCUAUUACAAGGAGCCCAAGGAAAACUUGAAGGAAAUGACCUGCUCUGAGGCGCAUGGUUAUGGAAUGCUCAUCUCGGUGUCAAAACGCAAUCAGCAAGAUUUUGAUGGUCUCUACAGAUACUAUGCUCGAUUCAGAAACUCAAAGGGAUUGAUGCAAUGGCAACAAAAGACUGACCGUCAUGGCAGAUUCGUUCCCGGCGAUGAAGGAGGUGAAAACUGUGCAACAGAUGGGGAUGUUGAUAUUUGUACAGCCUUAUUUGUGGCAGCCAAGGUCUGGGGCAGAGGAGGACCCCAUGGAGAAAUCGACUACCGUCAAGCAGCAACAGAAUUAGCGGGAUGCAUCUAUCAACAUUGUAUCAAUCAUCAAACGCACAUGCCACUGAUUGGCGACUGGGCAGAUCCAGGGGACGAUGCCUAUUUGCUUACAAGACCCAGUGAUUUCAUUUUGAGUGGCUACUUGAUUUUCUACUAUGAGGAUACACAGCGCAAAGACCAAUGGGCACAAGUCAUUGCUGCUAUUGUCAAUUGCAUUAUGGGUCAGCAUUCACUCAACCCUCAAACAGGGCUCAUUGCAGAUUUCCUCAAAUUAGAUCGAAAUAGCGGGCUCUAUUAUCCUGCACAGGGCGAGGUCUUGGAGAGCGAGCAUGACAAAGAUUACAACUGGAACUCGUGCCGUGUUCCAUGGCGUAUCGGCCACUAUUACAUGUUGACCAAAGACGAGCGCGUGCGACCCAUCCUUGAAACUCAGGCACAUUUUUUUGCUGGACAGUUGGCUCGCGGUGGAGGUGAUGGCGACUGUGGCAUUAAGGCAGGCUAUCGAUUGGACGGAUCAUGCUAUGUGGAUUAUACAGACAUGGCUUUUGUAGCUCCCGCUUGCUUCUUGUUCUGGCUGCUUGGAUGGAAUUCGCAAUUGGAUCAGAUCCAGAGAGAAAUGAAGCAGAUGGAAGCCACUUAUUUCGGUGAAAGUAUUGCAAUGCUAUGCCUGUUGAAUGCCAAUGUGCCUCUGUAA